AUGGCCUUUGUGACAAGCCCUGCCGCCAAUCCCCAGGCCAUCAUUUCCGGCCCGAACUAUCGCUUCACAAUCCUCACCGACCGCUUGAUUCGAUACGAAUGGGCUUUCGAUGGCUGUUUCGAAGACCGGGCGUCCACUUUCGCCGUCAACCGCCAUUUCCCAGCGCCAAAGUUCCACACUGUCGAAACCGCCGAUAAUCUCGAGAUAAUCUCCGACCAUUUCCACCUGAGCUACGACAAGAAACGCUUCUCCCCCGCAGGGCUGGUCGUCCACUUCAAUUUCAGGCACACCAACUGGGGCGCACCAUGGCAGUAUGGCAUCUCCGAAGAACUCAACUUGGGCGGUACAGCUCGGACUCUGGAUCUUUGCAACGGCCGCUGCGAUAUGGGCGAAGGUGUUGUUUCCAAAGCAGGCUAUGCCGCCCUCGAUGAUUCCGCAUCCAUGCUCUUUGAUGGCGGCUUCGUGGCCGGCCGCAAACCGGGUGACCGCGUAGACGGAUACCUUUUCUGCUAUGGCCAUGACUAUAAGGACGCGAUCAAGGCCUUCUACUCUGUGUCCGGCAAACAACCGAUACUGCCCCGAUACGCCCUGGGGAAUUGGUGGAGUCGGUACUAUGCCUAUCACCAGGAUGAAUAUGUCCGCCUUAUGGAUAGAUUCCGCGCACAUGGCAUUCCCAUGUCAGUGGCAGUCAUUGACAUGGAUUGGCACCUGGUCUCAGACCCUUGUGUGCCCCAUGCUGGAUGGACGGGGUAUACUUGGAAUAGGAAGCUAUUCCCAGACCCAGAACAAUUCCGGCAUGACUUGCACCAAAGACGUCUCAAGAUCACACUAAAUGAUCACCCUCAUAAUGGGAUUCAUUCCCACGAAGACUCAUACGAGGAAAUGGCCAAGGUCCUGGGCCAUCCCACUGGGGAAAAACAGAAAAGACCUAUUCUAUUUGAGCCGUCCAACCCCAAGUUCAUGAAAGCAUACCUCGAUAUAUUACACCGGAAUCUGGAGAAAACGGCCUGUGAUUUUUGGUGGAUUGACUGGCAGCAAGGCCCGUACUCGAAGGUUCCCGGUGUUGAUCCCCUCUGGCUUCUGAACCACUUCCACUAUCUUGACCAUGCACGAGACGGCCACAGCACCGCCCCUCUUAUCUUUUCUCGCUAUGCGGGACCUGGCAGCCACCGAUAUCCUGUAGGAUUCUCGGGCGAUACAGUUGUUACUUGGGAUUCUCUAGCCUUUCAGGCAGAAUUCACCGCGACCGCCUCGAACAUAGGCUACGGAUGGUGGAGUCAUGAUAUCGGCGGGCAUAUCUUUGGAGGAAGAGACGAUGAACUCGUCACUCGCUGGGUUCAGCAAGGGGUCUUCUCGCCUAUAUUCCGUUUGCACUCAUCAGACUCGAAGUGGAAUUCUAAGGAACCAUGGCGGUAUCGCCGGGAACAUGAGACGGUCAUGUCCGACUUUAUGAGAUUGCGACAUCGGCUGGUGCCGUUCUUAUACACGUAUAAUGUUAUCGACUCAGCCGAGAAUGAUGAACCUCUAGUCCAGCCAAUGUACUGGGCUUACCCAGAUUCUAACGAGGCAUACUCAUUUCCGAACCAGUAUAUCUUUGGAUCAAAGCUCCUAGUUGCUCCCAUUGUCGAGCCCCGGAAUAAGACGACGAAUCUUGCCGCAGUCAAGGCAUGGCUGCCACCGGGUCCCCGAUUCAUGGAUAUAUUUACAGGCCAGUUAUAUGAUGCAGACCGCGAGAUCACUUUUCACCGGCGGCUAGAGGAAUACCCGGUAUUGGCAUGCGAAGGAACCAUCAUUCCAAUGGAUGCUGAUCCAGCACCAGUAAAUGGAUGUGUGAAUCCAGACGCGUUUGAGUUCCUUAUUGUUAUCGGCAAUGACGCCGAAGCCACUGUUGUGGAAGAUAUUGGCGAUGAUGCAACACCACCACCGGGCCAUAACGAGCUGAAGACGGCACGUAAAGAGCACGGGCUCCAACGGAAAUCCGUCAUCCAGUUCAACCAGCCCACAGGAAGACUGAUCGCCGAGAGAAUUAACCGACCUUCCAAAUUCCGUUUCUUGUCCGCUACAUCUGUCUCUCGUGAAGAGUUGAAAGUCUACUGUGACGGGGUUGAUCGGACAAACGAUGUCACUGUGACUACCACUACUACCACCACCAUGCAAGACGCCACCAAGGCUCAAAUCCCCAGUCUGGUAGUUGACUGCUCAUUCUCAGAAGGAGUCGAUGAUGAACACUGUAUUACUAUUGAACUUGGUCCCAAUCCCCGGCUCAGCGUGAUUGAUCCGACCGGCCGCCUCGAGGCCCUGAUACUCGACUAUCAGUGUGAGUUCGAGACCAAAGACCGGUUGUGGAAGACCGUGACCAACCGUGAGAAACCUGUUAACGCAGUGAUUGGGACCUUGAUGUCGCUUGGAUACGAUGACUCUACUGUGGAUCCUGUCUGUGAGCUGCUGUUGGCAGAUGGGCGGUUAUGUUUCCCAUUUGAUAGAUCGUCUGAGUAG